AUGCGUUUCUCUCAUUUCUAUUUUCUCGCCUCAUCGGCAGCAAUCUUGCAAGCUCUUGCAGCCCCUACCACUCAGGCUUCCCUCAAAAACGCCGCCGCAGCCGUACCUGGCCAGUCGGAGCUUUUCGCCAGCUACCAGGGUAAAAAGACACCACUUGCGGAAGAUUGGAACCAAAUCAUCCAUCCUACUGCAUCUGGUGACCCAGGCCCCGACGAUCAAUUAUUCCAGAAUUUGCUCAGUGCCGAGUGGGUCAUUUAUAACUUCUAUCAGGAAGGUGUUGAUACUUUCACUCAAGUAGACUUCACCAAGGCCGGACUUCCAAAGAAUACCUACGAGCGUCUUAAGCAGAUUCGAGACAACGAAGCCGGACAUAUUCGGAUUUUCCAAGACCAGAUCUCAGGUACCUCACUCAAGCCUGGUCCCUGCACAUAUGACUUCGGCUACAACAAGAGUAGCCCGUUGGAAUAUUUAGGACUACAGGUUUACAUCGAAGUCACUAGCCAGGCUUUCUUGACUGGUCUUGCAUUGGAAGCCGUCUCAGACAAGUCUAAGGCUGCAUUGAUGGCUAUUGGCCAAACUGAAACCCGUCAUAACGUAUGGGGUCUUAUGGAUACUUUUGGUGUAUCUCCGAUGGCUGGACCCUCGGAUACCACCUACCCAUAUGCGGAGCAGAUCUUGGAGCUCACCAACUCGUUCAUCACGAAAUGCCCCAGUGAGAACCCUGUCUACCCCAGUCCCCGCCAGGAACUACCACAGAUCGCCAUUUGGGCCAACGGAACCACCGGUGCUCCUGGUGAUAAGAUUCAGCCUAUAUUCUACCAGCCAAAGAACCAGCCAAAGUUCGAAGAUGGAAAGGACUACUGGGCUGUUUUCUUCCACGGAAUUGCCACCGUCAAUGUCCCUUACACUCCCGGUCAAGAAUUUAUUACUAUUCCCAAUCAGUUUGAGAACAGCACUGGUAUUAUCAUCAUGAACAUUGCCGACACUCAAGACUCUCCCACCGCCGAGAGUGUUGUCGCUGGACCUCUCGUUUUAAUUGAGCAGCCUAGGCUUCUCACCCUGAAGGCCCCUAGUGUCGUUUCUCUCUGA